GUAUCGUUUUAUGGUGAUAGCUUUGUGGAGUUGAAGACGGAAGAAACAUCCUCUCAGACAUCCUUACAGUUGCGGUUUCGAACAAGCAAGUCACAUGGACUGCUUUUUCUUGCAGCUGGGAAGACGGAUUAUUGUUUAAUGGAGAUAUCCUCAGGGAAUUUAAGGUUGAGAAUUAAUUUUGGCGCGGGGGAGCGAGCACUGCAUUCUCAGCAAAGAUCUCAGCUGAAUGAUUUAGCUUGGCACCUGGUUGAACUACAUCAUGAACGUGAUAAUGUCACAUUGGUAGUUGAUAAACAUGAUAGAACUAGUGCAAAAAUGCCUGGAAUUCUCUAUGAAUUAAAUAUUGAUUAUGGAUUCUAUGUAGGUGGUACUAGUAAACUUGACGUUCCCUACCUUGUUGGAGCACUGCCCAAUUUCCGAGGAUGUAUUGAUGAUGUGUUGUUCAAUCAGCUGGACAUUCUGAUGCCUCUGAGACCUUCUCCUGGCUUCAAAAAUGUCCAUGACAUUUCAGUGGGAUGCAGUGAUGAAUUCUUUGCAGGUGAAGAUGAACCCGUUAGUUUCUUCAGUUCCAGAUCCUAUGUUUCUUUCCCAUCAUGGAAUGUUGAUGAUGAGGGAGUCUUGGAGUGUACCUUGCAAACCUCAGCUGCACGUGGCUUGCUGCUUUAUCAUCCUGGGCAAGCAGGAGAUUUUGUUGCAAUGGAAAUGGAAGAUGGAUUCAUUAAAGCCUAUGUUGGAAAACAUAAAAGUAGAUCCCAGCUUUCCUCUCGUAAGUCUGUCAAUGAUAGUCAUUGGCACUACAUUGAACUGAAAUUUACUGCAGAAUAUUUGCAGCUGACACUGGAUGAAGAAACUGUGAAAAAAUCGUUGCCUCCCCACAGCAAGCUGCCGCUUCUGCAGGGGUCUCUCUUUGUAGGUGGUGUAGAUGACAGUGCACGAUCAGAAGUGAUUAAGUUAGAGCUAGCUUCAGUGUCUGGGAAGUAUGCCAGAGGAGGGUCCUUCAAAGGUUGCUUAAGAGAUCUGAAAGCCAAUUCAGAAAAAAAAUCACUGAAGAAUGUUCUGGUAACAAAGGACAUUUCAGCUGGAUGUGAAACACAGAGCGCUUUUAAUACAAAUCUUUCUUUAGAGAUGGCGGCAAAGAACCCUACUGUGAAAGCAGCCCCAACAUUUGCCAUUUCCCCUGAAAGCUCUGUCUCUGUGGGCAAGGAAGACAAAAGCCACAUUUUAGUUCUAAGUAACUUGAUUGUGCUAGAGGGCGAACAAGCUUCACUUGGAUCUAAACAUAUUAAAGUCAACUUAGACUUCCAGAAAUUAGGGAUUCAUCAAUCACAAGUUCUUUUUGAAAUAAAAGAACCACCGUCUCAUGGAGACUUGAAACUAGAUGUUGAACCGGCACAGGAGGUAAAUACAUUCACUAUGCAGGACGUGUGGCAAGGGAAGAUUCUUUAUGUCCACGAUGGCUCUGAGGACACUUACGAUUAUUUUAAUUUCUCCAUUUCUGCCAGCAGUGAGAAUAGUAUGCCUUCGUAUUUGCAAGGAAAUGAGCAGCAUGUGUUUAGCAUUACUGUCACUCCAGUAAAUGAUGCGCCUGAGAUCACACUUCCUGAGGGAAACUUGCUUCUUCUGUUAGAGAACUCAAAGAAACGUUUGACUAGUGAUCUGAUAAAAGUUCUAGAUGAGGAUACGGAUCCUGUGGAUCUCAGUCUUUCAGUGCUUGGAAAUAUGAAUGCAGAUGCAGGAUUUUUAGAAAAUUCAAAGCAUCCUGGAAAAGCUAUUACUACUUUUUCUAUCGAAGACUUAAGAGAAGGCACUAUUUUCUUUGUCCACACAGGUGUCAAGAACUCAAGGAUUGUUCUGAGGGCGAGUGAUGGUGAGAAAGUGAGCAACACUGUUGUGUUACGUGUCAUGGCAGUUCCUUUGGAUUACAGAGUUGUCAACAACUCAGGAAUAAAACUACUCCAAGGUGUUACAGCUCUGAUUACGCCCAGGCAUCUGGCAGUUGAAACAAAUGCCAACCUCCAGGAGGUGGAGAUACGGUAUGAGAUCACGGAGCCACCCCGCUUCGGAGAAGUCCAAAGGCAGCAUUCAAGGGGGGAAUGGAAGCGAGUCAACUCUUUUUCUCAACGCUCUGUUCAGCGCAGCCGUGUGAGAUACUGUAGCACCUUUAAAGAAAUUCAACUGGAAAAUGUUACCGACCAAUUUAAAUUCAGAGUCAGCAUAGGAAACAGAAUCAGUGAAGAGCACGUGUUUCCGAUCAAAGUGAAAUGGUUAAGGUACAGUUUAUUGAAACAUGUUCCUCUAGAAAUUGAAAAAUCAAAGAAGAAAUACUUGAAUUCAGAUAAUCUAUUUGCUGUGAUUGUGGAUCUAGAAAUACCUGAAGAUGAGCUUCAUUUUAAAUUGCUGUCUCUACCGAAGAAUGGACAAAUAUUGCUUAAUGACCAGCCUUUGAAAAAAGAUUCAGUCUUUAGCCAGAAAGAUAUUGCUGAUCAAAAGGUGGCAUAUGAAUUAAUCAGCAAAUACCAUGAAGACAACCAUGAUUCAUUUAGAUUCCUCAUUUUUACAACGUAUCUGGAAUCCAAUUUAUAUGACUUUGAAGUCUACAUCAAAUCAGAUGUCAGAAACAUUUUUUUGACGAACAAUGGCCUAACUGUUACUGAAGGUGAAGGAGAGUUAAUAACAAGCACAAAAUUGUUUGUGCAAACACCAGACAAUAAAACUUUCCAAUAUAGAGUUACACAGUUUCCUAAACAUGGGAAGUUAAAACUCAUUAAUUUUUCAGGCUCAUUCGAGAGUAAUGACAAUCUCACCACUUUCACUAACAAAGAUAUAACUGAUAAGCGCCUUAUGUAUGUGCAUGACGAUUCCGAGACAGCAUUUGAUGAAUUUCUUGUCAGAGCUUCCAGUGAAGAGUCAGGAAAGUCAGCAAGCUUUGAUCCAGAAGUAGAACCUUUGUCAGCAGAAAUUAGAUUCAACAUUUCUGUGCAGCUGAAGAAUGAUGAGAAACCGGUACGUGUAAUUGAUAAGAUAUUUAACAUAGUGAGAAAUGGGCAGCGAUUAUUAACUUUAGCAGAUCUUUGCUAUCAUGAUCCUGAUUCUGAUUUCGAUGAUGGACAGUUGCUAUACACUAGACGAGGCAUUUCCAAUGGGGACUUGGUGCUAACAAACGAUACUUUGCGCAGACUCUACCAAUUCAAACAAGCAGACCUGGAGCAAGAACAGGUCCUGUUUAUACACCAUGGUGCAGAUUUUGGGCGUUUUGUGCUCUUUGUGACAGAUGGCAAACAUUAUACCUCUUCACUUCUAGAAGUUAGUGCCACUGAUCCAUAUGUUAGGUUGGCAAAUAAUACAGGCAUGUUGGUUCAAAAAGGAGAAGAGAAAACACUUACAACAGCUAACCUAAGUGCUGUUACAAACCAAGACAUCAGAAAUGAUAAUGAGAUUACGUAUGAGAUAUUCUCUUUUCCGAAAUAUGGAAGAAUAUAUGUAAAUAAUCUAUUGACGGAUUCCUUUACUCAACUUGAUCUGAUAAACGGGUUUGUGACCUACAAGCAUGAUGACAGCAACAACCUUAUUGACACAUUUAACUUUACAGUCCAUGCUAGAGAUGUCCAUCUGGAUGGUGAAGUGCAGGUUCGCAUAUAUUUGGAAAGUCAUCAGUGGCCACCAAGGAUUGUAAACAAAAACAGUCUCUUAGUUGAAGAAGGAAAACCAGUUAAAAUCAGUAAAGGAAAACUGCAAGUCGUUCAUGAAAACAGUUCUCCAUCUGAGAUCGUGUUCACAGUAAGACAGCUUCCAGUACAUGGAUACAUUCGGAAGUUUUCCUUGGAAGAAAGUUAUCUUGGUACUGACCAAAGACCAGUUUUGAGCUUCACACAGCAAGAUGUUGAUGAGGGCAAAGUUCAGUAUGUGCAAACAGUUUCUGAUCAACUAGAUGACCGUUUUUCUCUGGAUGUGACCAACGGUGUCCGAACAGUGAGUGGAAUAGAGAUGUCUAUAGACAUCAUCCCCAGAAUGAUUCCCUUGGAAGUACAGAACUUCACAGUAAUUGAAGGAGGCUCAAAAGCCCUGGUGGAAGACUAUCUAAACAUUUCUAGUAGACACUUUGCAGGACUCAGCUGUGAAUUUAUUUUAAUUGAGCAGCCAAAACAUGGGUAUAUUGAAAACUCUCGUGUUCCUGGAAUAAAGUUAAGCACAUUUACCAGAAAACAGGUGGAAGAAGAAUUAAUCUACUAUGUUCAUGAUGAUAGCGAGAAACUGAUGGACAAUUUUACUGUGAUAGUAAAUAACACAGAAUUGUGGAAACAAAGCUUGCCCCAAACUGUAUUUGUAACAGUUACUGCACUAAAUGAUGAAGCUCCUGUUAUAAAAGUUAACAGAAUUCUUCAG